UCUAAGAGUUGAGAGCACAGAGGGUGCACCAGAAAAACAGAGAAGGAGAGGAUGAGGAAGAUGAUGAGGAUGAGGAUGAAUGAGGGUGAGGGUGAGGGUGAGGGUAGUGAACGGAUCAGCCUUUUCGACAGGCCUCAAAACGAAAUAAUGAAGCUCAUUUUUGCAGUUAAUUACCUUGUUCCUGAUGAGGGCCAUGCCAGCUUUGAUGUUCAUGCUAUUUUCUCGACUAGUCAGAAAAUCAUUAAGGAUUCGGCCAACAUCAUUCACAAUAUUAUUGAGCAGGGCAGCGGAUUUAAUGAUGUUGAAACACCCAAAGCCAGCUCCAGCUUGUGCACUCUUGUUAACUCCUUUGGCUGCAAGACGUCGUGUAAGAGUCCAGGUGAUGAAACUGCCUUUGAAUCACGUACGGAAGAAAUACUUACAAGACUAUCAAGUUAUCCAUGUGAAGUACAGGUAGUAUUGGCCCUGGCGAUUUUUGCUUUGGAAUAUGAAGAAUGUUCCAGCCAACUUUCCAAGAAAUCGACAACGCUGAAACGCCAAGAUGCAGUAGUCGAGCUUAACAAUCUGGUCAACCAAGCGUUACAAGUGAUUGAGCACAUCCUUGAGUUGGAGAAACUAAUUUCUGGUGAUCGAGACAGUGAACCAAAAUUGGCGAGGGUAAUUAUGGAUACCCCAUUUAAUGCCUUCUGGUCAAUCAUAACUCUUGUAGCUUGCACAACUGAGCUCUCACUUCUUACCGGUGACGAGGACAUUAAGUCAUAUGAUCUAUCCCCUUUUUCUCAAAAAAUGGGCUUCAUCCUCAACAAGCUUGAUGGACAGCUUACAAUCUGCCAACAAGAAAAAAGGUCGGUUGUGGAUGCAUGA